CAGUGCCCUGGUGCAUCUGGCACCAUACCCAAAACGGCAAAGUUUACUUCGCCCCAGCCCUGGAGGCUGUCUCGUUCUGCUUUGUCAAGCUCCCAUGAUUAUUAGCCUUCCCUCUACUUGAAAUAACCAGAAUGGAGCAACCAAGAGCAACAGUAUCUUAUUACAAGUUCAAACUCAUGCCCGAGUUCUUCGUAAAUUACCACGAAAUCGCCAGACAAAGCCCAGACUCGAAAGUAACCACCCAGCCGAGCCUUGGCCUUAUCGACCAACCCUACAGCGCACCAAGCAAUACCCAGCCAGACGCUGAACCCAAGAAGCCGUGGGAACGAUUCACAGCGUAUAUAAACCAACUAAACACAGAAAGCCCAGACAGCGUGACCUAUAAGAUCAUCUAUUUAACCAGGCAUGGCCUCGGUAUACACAAUGUCUUCGAAGCAAAGGUCGGCAGAGAAGCAUGGAAUAACUACUGGUCCCACCUCGACGGAGACGGUACCGUCUCUUGGGUAGAUGCAAAGCUAACCGAAGCCGGCAUCCAACAAGCGGAAGCGCUGAGCCAAUUCUGGACAGAUGCUGUGACUACGGAGAAGGUACCACUUCCAGAAUCGCUAUACACGAGCCCUCUGGCGCGAUGUCUUGAGACUACGCGGCUCGUGUUCUCCCAACCUAUGGAGCAAUCUGGAGAGCCGUUUCAGCCUGUAGUAAAGGAGCUGUUGAGGGAGCGAUUAACGGAUCAUACGUGCGACAAGAGAAGUACACGGACGUGGAUUGAAGGCCAUUAUCCUUCUUACUUAAUUGAGUCUGGGUUUUCGGAAGAAGAUCUUCUGUGGAGCCCGGAUCGGUGGGAGUCUGUUGAGGAGCAUGUUGCCAGGAAGCAGAAAGUUCUUGAGGAGCUUUUUGCGCAAGAUUCUAGUUCGUUUAUUUCUCUUACGGUCCACUCAUAUGCGAUUUCGGCGAUCCUUAGGGCUUGUGGGUAUGAGGAGUUUAGAGUCCGUGAGGGUUCGACGAUUGCCUUGUUAGUUCGUGGAGACAGAGUAGGGUUGUCCUAAUAUGGUUU